AUGUCGGACGCGAUCGCGAUUCCCGAGGAGUCGCACGGUCUUUUAAAAGGAAAAGACGCUUCGCUGCCGGCGCCGGACGUGUCGCCGACACCGCACACAUACCGCCCCGACGUCGACGGCCUCAGAACCCUCGCGGUGGUCCCUGUUCUCGUCUUCCACGCGUACCCGGCGUUCUUGCCCGGUGGCUUUAUCGGUGUCGACGUCUUCUUUGUCAUUUCCGGCUUUCUCAUUUCCGGCAUCCUCUUCAAAGAGCACCAGCGCGGCAGCUUUACGUACGCGGGCUUUUACGUCCGGCGCGUCCGGCGCAUCUUCCCGACGCUCCUCGUCGUUUUGGUCGUGACGUUCUGGCUCGGGUACCUCUACCUCAUGGCGCCCAAGCUCAAGGCGAUGGCGGCCACGAUGCUGGCGGGGUCGCUCUUCAGCGCCAACCUCCAAGUGCUCUCGCUCCAACAUUCGUACUUUGACAUUGACACGAGCGCGUUUCCCGGCUACUAUGCGCUGCUCCCGACAAUCGGGGCGACGCUUUUGAUUGCCGCCGGCGCCGACGCAAGUGUCAACACAUACCUUCUCAGCAACCGCGUCGCCGUCUACGUCGGCAAGAUCAGCUACUGCCUCUACCUCUGGCACUGGCCGCUCCUCGUCUUCGCGAUCGAGCGGUACCCGGACGUGACGAGCCGUCCGUUCUACAUGCAGCCGAUCACGAUGCUGCUGCUCAGCGUCGUCUUGAGCGUCGCGACGUACGAAGACCUCGAGGGACGACUCCGGCGGCACCACUCCAAGUGGGUCACGCCACUUCUCGUGGUUGGCAUGAUGGCAAUCGCGGUGGUCGCCGGUUGCGCCUACACGAACCCGGCAAGCUUCUCCGCCACCGAGAUUGAGAUCGCCAACGCAUCGCCGCUUGGCGAUGCGACGUCGCUCAAUGGGACGGCAGUAACGACAGUGAUACAAGCCAAGCAAGCCAUGGCCGACGACAACUGGAACUUUGGCACGACCAGUUGUGCGCCUGACGCUCUUUACAUCACCGCCGCCACGGCAUCGGUGCCGUUUCCGUUUAACGACGCUCUCUUGGCGGAAUAUCCAGAACGCUGCGAGGUGAUCAACCCGGGGCACGAAGCGGACGGCACGCUUGUCGUUCUCGGGGACUCGCACGCCGACAUGUCGGUGCCCCGGUUCAUGCAGCUCUUUGACGAUGCAACCGCGUCCAAGACGCCGUUUCCGACGAUCGUCUUCAAGGACCGAUGGGCGCGUGCGAUGCUGCCGUGCCGCCCCGAGUUUGCAGAAAACAUGCACAUGCUCGCAACGGUCAAGCCGCAAGCCGUCCUCCUCGCCGUGCAUUGGAUCCAGUAUCUCAACCCGGGUGCACCAAAGGACCAGGUGUAUACAGACCCGCCCAAGUGCUGCGUGUACGAUUUUAUAGCGUGCAAGGAGCAAAACACAGACGACGUGCGCCAUAUCUUUCAGUCGCUCCAAGCCGAGCUGCUCAAGCUCUCACGCCUCGGCAUCAAGGUAUUUGUCGUCGACCAGAGCCCUGAGUACCCGCAGAUGGUGCCCGACACGUGGGUCAGUGGCACCAGCGUCAAGGUGCCGGCGCCAAUUAGUCGGUCGGCGUUUCGUAAAGAGAAAGCGUGGUUCCUCGACCCGCUUCACGCCGCUGUGAAAGCCGCGAACGCGACGCUGCUUGACUACGCCGACAACUACUCGAACGGCGACACGGUCCUGCUCACGGACGCGACGGGUGGCAACCACUUGAACACGCGCACAACGCGAGCGCACUUGACCAUCUUGGAUCAAGUUGUUGCAGCCGCACGGACGUCUGCACUGUAA